AUGUUACAAACAGGUUUUAGAAUUCAACCAAACUGGGAUAAGGCUUUAAGUGAAAAUGAAAAAUACAUUUGGUUUCAUCAGUAUGACACUGUUUCUACCAAGUAUCACAAACUGGAGAACAGAGGGUUUUCGCUGGUACCGGAUAACCAAGAUGUCUUUUGCGAUUUAGUUACACCUAAGCUCUUAAAACUAUCGUCAGAAAACCCAGUCAUCAACAAAUUUUUUCAGUGUCCAGAUUCCUCCUUCGACGUUUUGAGCGGUAUUUCUAGAAAUGCAGGUCAUAAUUCAGGAACCUGUAAUCAUCAGCCUCGUCCUCAUACAUUUUCUUUUGAUGUUAGUGCAAGUGGUGAACAUUUUAUUGCUUCUUUCACUGGGUCAUCUGUAAACUUGUAUGAAACUAUAACAGGAAAUAUUCGGCGUUCUCUCGAAGGUCAUGUCGGAGAUGUAUAUACCUGCAAAUUUUUUCCAUCUGGGCUAGUUGCACUCACAGCAGGCAGUGAUAUGCAGUUAAAAAUUUGGUGUCUCAUUACUGGUCGUUGUGCAGCCUCUCUUGGUUUAAAUUGCACUAAUUCUAAUAAUAAAAAUGAACCAGGAGGUCAUAGGACUGGUAUCCUAGACACGGCCAUCAUAGAUCGUGGUCGUAAUAUUGCUUCUAUAGAUCGACUAGGUUGGUUAAGGCUAUGGGAUGUAGCGACACAAACUUGUAUAUCAGCAAUCCCAGUAACCCUUAGUGCUAUUAAGCCACGUACUGUUUCUUUAACGGUUCUCGAAGAAACAACAUGUUUAGCGAUCCGAAAACAUCCUAGUUUACCGAUUCAAACAGCUGAUCUCAUCAACCCAGAUUCCUGUCAAUUCCCAGCGGUAUAUAAGAAUACAUCUGAAUUCAGCUGCAUUGUUUACCUGUUGCUUUAUUACUUAACAGUUCAAGAGACAUCUUCAACAACAGCCCAAGAAGUUGCUACAUCGGAUGCCCUGAUUGCUGUUGGGACUGGUACUAAUGCAUCAGUUCGUUUAUAUGAGCUGGGUGCUCGUCAGAAAGGCUGUGUUGCUCAGUGUACGUUACCGAGUGCCAGUGGAUCGGUCGAGGCAUGUGCUUUUCCUGAAGAUAUACCGAUACCAUUUUCAAAAGAAAUUCAAUUCAUCGAUGUACCUAGAAGUUGUGUUUCUAGCUUUAUGGACUAUGGAAUUUUUGCCGGUGGCCAGCAAGGAGAACUUGCCUCAUGGGAUAUACGUCAAACAAACAACCGUUAUGGCAAUGAAAAAGGAACUGUUCAACAAAUACGUGUAUGUAGGCGACCUAAUUGUCAAUAUCUAUUGCUUGUUGUUAGCCGAAAUGACGGACGAACUCUUGUUUAUCCGUAUGAUCCAGCAACAGCACAUAGUGAUGCACAAAUCCCUACUAGUCUGGAGCUUACUGGAGUGAAUUGUGAACCUAUAUGUGGUCUUUCAAUGGUUUAUAAACCGUCAGGAGAAAUUGGUGUUUGGAAUGCAGCUCGCGGUGGAACUGUUAAUCAUUACACCAAACUUUUAGAUGAGAUAACGUUUAAAAACUUAUAA